AUGCGCGCUCCCCCCUGCCGUAAGCUUGAGCCUGCCCGAGAAUACCCCGACGAAUUCGGAAGGGGACCGCCGUUAGUGGUUCGGCUCUCCGGGGAUCGCCGGCUCGACAGGCUUCGUGAGAAGCGUCCCCGGACGGACACGCUCGCCGUGUCGACCGACGCCGGGCGUGCCGACCCGACGAACCCCUCCGACGAACGGCGCGCGCUUCGACCGCGGCGGAAGUUGGAUAGACUGAAGACGUAG